CCGACUUUCAACUUGUAAGCUCGCGGGAAAACUUUUGAGAGACUACAUGUUAAAACUCAGCUCUAGAGAGCUGAUAGACGUGAUGGCACGGCAAGAGCAGCAAGGCAAACCACAAGUCGCUCCCCUUUCCUAAAGGCAGACAAGCACAUUCCACUCUGUGGUCAUCAGCUGCCAGAUAGUCUCCUUAGGCGUAGCGCAACUCAUUCGUCCUUGCCGUCACCGUCAUACACCAGAGUCUAGUUCUGACACCACAAGAUGGGUUCCAUCGAGAAGCCGGCAGCUUCCGGUGUCCAGUCCAUUUUCGACGGCCCGAAGGAAGAGAAGACCGAUGUGACCGCCAAUGAGCUAGAGAAGGAGUUGCAUUCCAGCGGGGAGGAGAGCUCCAAGGAGGAUGUCACAGAGCGGAAGAUCACCGGAUUCAAGUGGAUUUUGGUGGUGACAGCGAUUCUUUCCAGCCACAUGCUGUUCGCCCUCGAUAACACCAUUGUUGCGAAUAUUCAACCGGCUAUCAUCUCACAAUUCGAGCAGGCAGAGAAGGUCGCAUGGCUUUCUGUUGCUUUCCCGCUCUGUUCUUCUGCACUUGUCCUGCCAUGGUCCAAGUUCUACGCUACCUACAACGCAAAAUGGCUCUAUAUCGGAUGCGUUACUCUCUUUAUGGCCGGCUCCGCACUCUGUGGUGCUGCACCUAACAUGGACUCAGAGAUCGUUGGGCGAGCUUUGGCCGGUGCCGGAGGAAGUGGCAUGUACUUUGGUGUCUUGACAUUACUUAGCGUCAAUACCACCGUCUCGGAGCGUCCAUUCUACAUUGGACUUACGGCCGUGUCUUGGGGCAUUGGAACUGUGACGGGGCCAGCCAUCGGUGGUGCUUUCGCUGAAAGCAAUGCAACCUGGAGAUGGGCCUUCUAUAUCAACUUAGUCAUCGGUGGUCUCUUCGCUCCUGUCUACGUAUGGCUUCUGCCGGUGUUUGACCCGCUCCCUGGUCGCUCCUCCAGCGAGAGACGCAAGAACAUCGACUGGGUGGGCUGUGUCCUCUUUGUCGGUGCUCUCGCCUGUUUGAUCAUGGCUAUCAACUUCGGAGGUGUCGAGUGGCCCUGGAACGAUGGUCGCGAAAUUGCUCUCUUCGUUGUGUCCGGUGUUCUCUUCAUCGCAUUCGGAGUGCAGCAGUGCUUCUUCAUCCUGUGCACUGCGGAGAACAGGCUUUUCCCCGUGCAUUUCCUCAAGCGCCGUUCUCUCUUCCUGCUGUUUAUCCUGAAUACCUGUGCAAGCAGUGGGCUUUUCAUCUCGGUGUACUACAUUCCUCUUUUCUUCCAGUUCACCCAGGGAGAUACUGCCAUCUAUGCUUCGCUUCGCAUCCUACCCUUCGUUCUGGUCCUUAUCUUCGCUAUUAUACUCAACGGGCACAUGAUGACGGUAUUCGGCUGGUAUUUCCCCUGGUACUUGUUCGGCUCCGCGUGCGAGCUAGUCGCAGCCUCCCUAAUGUAUCUUGUCAAAGCGGAUACCUCCGCCAGCGCUAUUUACGGAUUCACGUCCCUCAUGGCUCUCGGCGUUGGUGUCUUCAACCAGGCCGGUUACAGCGUUGUCCAAGCCAAGGUGAAGCCGGAGGAGAUCCCGUGGGCUCUCGGUUUUAUGAUGGUUUCUCAAUUGGGCGGCAUCGUCUUGGCGCUUGGCAUGGCGGGAGCCAUAUUUGUUAACCAGGCGACCAGCGGUCUUUUGGCCCUGCUCCCAGAUUUGGAUGAACACCUCGUCAAGAAUGCCAUUGCCGGAACAAGCAGCAGCUUUUUCAACACGCUGUCGGAGGAGCGACAAGCCGCCGCCUUGAAUAUCAUCGUUCAAUCCAUCGGUAACGUGUAUAUAUUGUUAAUUGCCGCCGGUGCCAUCGGUGUAUUGCUCUCUGUCUUCCUCAAGAGAGAACGCUUGUUCAUGACAAUCGCCGCCGGUGGUGCGUGAGACGUCCCACUUGCAUAAUUGCCGCUGCGUUCAAGGGUCAUCAUGCCAGUGAGCCAACGAGUAUAGACUAGGGGUGCGAGUUUUAAUAGCAGGACUAGUGGCGAGUGCUGAGAAACGGCGAAUGGAGAAGUCUUGGGCGGGAAUUACUCCUGUGCAUAGUACCCAAGUAUUACCGUCACCAAGAGCUGUACACUAGUGGACCUAGCUGCCGCGAUUAAUGGGAAGUUAAUGGUGUUGGAAUAGAUAGGGAACGAUAGGCACAAUAACUGGUUUCUACACGGGGGAAUCUGUGUCGACAUAUUGAGAC